UUUUUUUGUUUUCUGCAAAUUAUCAUUUUCAUAAACAGCCUAGCAACGCUAUGUUUUCAGCUGAACAUGUUUGAUAAAGAGUCAGUUUGUUAGAGUGAAUGGUGUAAAUGUUUUUAUUAUUAUUAUUACUGUCAUGGCUGCAGUUGUCAUCUUUGUGGAGGUUUCUUAAAGGGUUGUCAUGGUGUGAAUCAGCCUGUAGAUGUCGCUGUAUAAUUGUUUUUUAUAUAUAUAUAUAAAUGCAAAAAGUUUCACGAAAACAUUUUUCAGUAACGUAAUAACAAUCGCAUGACACACUUAAUAAUCUGUCAGUGAAAACCACGUGAAGUGUUUCAGAGUGUCUUAUCUCUAACUUGUAAGUUAGUAAAUAGGCGCAUACCUCUUAGAUAUUUAACCAAACGGUGAGACAAAAGUUCAAAAUGAAGAGCUGCAUUUCCGUGUUUAUCGCGUUAUUCGUUUUCAACUGUUUUGUGCUGGAUGUCUCGAGCAGGAAACGCUUUACAUUUAAGAAGUUUAAGAAAUUUUCCUGGGACAACUGUGGAAAGCCAGAUGCACCCAUAACUGUGAAGACGCUACAUGUGUAUCCAAACCCAAUUCCUUCACCAGGAUAUAUAUUAGCACCUGCAUUGGUCACUACAUCAAUAGAUCUCCUCUCUCCUUUGCCUGUGAACUUGACACUGGAAAGAGAAGUUGAUGGUGCGUGGGUAAAAAUACCUUGUGUUGAUGACCUAGGAAGUUGUUAUUACCCUGAUGCCUGUAACCAGUUGGUCCAGCUCUUUAUGACAAUGACAGGACUCUGUCCUCCUGGCGUUCAUAUAAGUCCCUGCAUCUGCCCGCUCAAAGCUGGUGACUACGUUUGGCCAUCGACUGGUACCUACAUCCCAGAUUUUUCACUCUCCGACAGACUGACUCAUUUCAGAUUCCAGAUAAUUUUAGGAAACUCUGAAAAAGAACUGGGAUGCCUUAAAGUCAAUUUCUCAGUGAUAUCAAUACUACACUACCAACACAAUGAAAUGUAGUAAUUGCUGUCCUACAGCUGUCUUCUCUGGUCCUGUUUUUUUUUGGGAAAGUGACAAAAGAGACAAAUGUUAACAGAACAGAAUGCCAUAAACAGAGAGCCUGCUGGAAGUCAUUUGGCUCUUAAAGGGAUAGUUCACCCAAAAAUGAAAAUUAGACCAUGAUUUACCAUCAUUAUUAGUCAUCCUAGGUGUACAUGACAUUCUUCUUUCAGACAAAUACAAUUGGAGUUUUAUAAAAAAAUAAAUAAUAAUAAAUGUCCUGGCCCUUCCCAGUUUUAUAAUGGCAGUGAAUGGCUAUUUCUGUUUUGAAACAGCCGCUUCUGGUAAUCGCCUCUGGUUCCUGUAUGAUUCUGUUUCCUGAACAAUUUGUCAGAGUAACAGAGAAAAAAGACUGAGAAUCAUACACUACCAGACUUUCAAGUUGGUUCCGGAUGCAAAAAACUCAAGAAAAAAAUGUACCUCAUUGCUAGGAAAUGCAUGACAGGUAUCAAGAUAUCAUCUGGCUGCUAAAAAUCCAGUCUGUCCUGUGACCAUCAGGACUUUGACUUAAAAUUCUGUCAUUAUUUACUCGCCAUCAAGUUGUUCCAAACUUGUAUGAAUUUAUUUUGUCUG